AGACGUAGAGGCAGAGAGGAACACUCGGACACUCAGCAGAGCUUCACUAUGUGCUUCUCUCUGAACCUGUCUGUUCUGGUGCUGAUGCUUACAUUCUGCAAUCAAGUCCAGGCAGCUAGCAUCUUGGGAGGCAACGAAUCAGUGCCCCACAGUAGACCCUACAUGGUGCUCCUUGAGGUUACCAGUAACCAGAAGAUCAAAACCUGUGGCGGCUUCCUUGUGAGGGACGACUUUGUGGUGUCUGCAGCCCAUUGCGAUGGAGAUUGUAUUAUAGCCAAACUGGGGGUCCACAAUGUUUAUAAUGGAUCUGAACAACACAUGAAAGUAAAAAAGGUUCAUAAACAUCCAAACUUCACCCAAGACUUUCUUAAUGACAUCAUGCUGUUGAAGCUGGAAAAAAAGGCUGUAUUCACCAACCACGUUCAGCCCUUAGCUCUGCCCAUGGAGAAUGACCAGCGAUCAGACCAGUGCCUGGUGUGUGGUUGGGGACGCGGAAAUAUACACAAACCAUAUGCCUCCAAAGUGCUGAGAGAAGUCAAUGUGACAGUCAUUCCCGAUGAUACGUGCAAGAAAAAACAUGUGCUCUGCACACUGGGAGACGACAGACCUGCCCAGGGAGAUUCCGGAGGACCGCUGGUCUGUGGCGGCCUGGCGUUUGGGGUGGUGUCAUACAUGGAGGAUAAAAAAAACGGAUUCAUUGCUUACACACACAUCCCAGAAUACCUUCCCUGGAUUUGCGAGACAAUGACCCAUCACUGAUAACCACACAAAAACAUGCGUUUUUAGUCAGACGAGAUCAGAGGGGCUUGAGUUCCAAACAAGGAGAGAUUGAGCCUUUUGAAUGUAUCAGUACAGUGGCUUAUGGUUAGCUAGAUGCAUAUUUCUACAUUUAGAUUAUCUAAAGCUUUCUGUGUUUGUUUUUGUGCCGUACAGUUGACAGUCAGCAUUUUUUAUGGGAGAUUUAGUUAUCAAAAUAAGAGUAGUCCGUCUUAAUUUAGUUGUAGUUUUACAUUAUACAGUCGCAUCAUUCACCCAGUAAAUGUAUGGGUGAUCCACACAAAAUAUUUUUGUUAGGAUCCAUGUUACAAAAAUGUUAGUCUACACUGCCACCCUGUGGUAAACAUGCAAAAUGUUUUCUUUGCAAAAUCAGUCCUGCCUAUUUCCUCAAGCAAUAUUAUUGAAGAUGCAGGAAGCCC